AUGAUACAGAUAAUAGUGGAUAACACGAACCUCUAUAUGUCAAAAAUAGCUGAAAGUUAUUCUAAAGAAAGAAGAGCCAAACCUACUGAUGUCUGCGAGAUCAAAUCUCUAUUAGGAUUGUUAUACUUGGCAGGAACUCUCAAAAGUAGUCGACUGAAUACCAAAGAAUUAUGGGAAAGGAAUGAAACUGGAGUUGAGCGGUUUUGGUUGGUUAUGUCUCGUGAACGCUUCCACUUUUUGCUGAGAUGUAUACGUUUUGACAAUAUUGAUACGAGAGAAAAGAGGAGGCAGUUAGAUAAGCUGGCUCCAAUACGAACCCUAUUUGAUUAUUUCGUUGAAAACUGCAAAGAGGCUUAUACGAUUGGACUUAAUGCUACAAUUGAUGAAAAGCUCGAAGCUUUCCGUGGAAGAUGUUCAUUCAAGCAAUAUAUUCCUACCAAACCUAAUAGAUAUGGAAUUUGUGCCUUAGUUGGUUCUCAACAUCUUAUGCCUCCAAUCUUGAAGUUUAUGUUAGACAACAGCCUCAUGGUCCUUAUGAAUGCGAUAAUAGUCCCUACAGUAUAA